AUCAGGUGGAGCAGUACUCCUCGCCGCCGGUCUCCCCGCUCCCUCCUAGCCGGCGAACUGCACGCAGGCACCUAACAGCGCCAGGAGGUUAACCGAGCCCUCGGAGGAGCUUCAGUGAAAGGAGCCCUUCUGUCACUCGUCACUCGCUCCCUGGCUCGCUCGCGCGCUGGCUGUGGGAGGAGCCGCCGGAGGAAGCUGGGUGCCUCGGAUGCCGAGCGCCAGAGGAUGGAGCUGCUCCGAGAGGGGACGUCGCUGACGAGCCCGGCUUCCUGAGGCGGCUAGAAAACAGGCAACUUGCCUCGUCUGGGCUGCGGAUCCCCCGAGGCACGGAGCCCCAGGCCACCCGGAGGGACCGACGGACAGACAGACAGAUGGUCGGCGCGAACCCGGGAGGACCGCGGCGGAGGCUGAGCAGCACCGCGAGCCGCCCAGCAGGAGAAACUCACCGCGAACCCAAGUUGCCCCGCCGGCUUCCCCUUGGCGCGCGGAGGAAUGAGACCUUUCCAGCUCGACCUGCUCUUCGUCUGCUUCUUCCUCUUCAGCCAAGAGCUGGGCCUCCAGAAAAGAGGAUGCUGUCUGGUGCUGGGCUACAUGGCCAAGGACAAGUUUCGGAGAAUGAAUGAAGGCCAAGUGUACUCCUUCAGCCAGCAGCCCCAGGAUCAGGCCGUGGUGUCGGGGCAGCCGGUGACACUGCUGUGCGCCAUCCCUGAAUACGAUGGCUUCGUUCUGUGGAUCAAGGAUGGCUUGGCUCUGGGCGUGGGCAGGGACCUCUCAAGUUACCCGCAGUACCUGGUGGUAGGGAACCACCUGUCAGGGGAGCAUCACUUGAAGAUCCUGCGGGCGGAGCUGCAAGACGAUGCCGUGUACGAGUGCCAGGCCAUCCAGGCGGCCAUCCGGUCCCGCCCUGCGCGCCUCACCGUCCUAGUGCCGCCCGACGACCCAGUGAUCCUCGGGGGGCCUGUGAUCAGCCUGCGGGCUGGGGACCCCCUCAACCUCACCUGCCAUGCAGACAACGCCAAGCCUGCUGCCUCCAUCAUCUGGCUGAGGAAGGGAGAGGUGAUCAACGGGGCCACCUACUCCAAGACCCUUCUCCGAGAUGGCAAGCGUGAGAGCAUUGUGAGCACCCUCUUCAUUUCCCCCGGCGAUGUGGAGAACGGGCAGAGCAUCGUAUGCCGAGCCACCAACAAAGCCAUCCCCGGAGGGAAGGAGACCUCAGUCACCAUCGACAUCCAGCACCCCCCACUUGUCAACCUGUCGGUGGAGCCGCAGCCAGUGUUGGAGGACAACGUGGUCACGUUCCACUGCUCUGCCAAGGCCAACCCCGCGGUCACCCAGUACAGGUGGGCCAAGCGGGGCCAGAUCAUCAAGGAAGCCUCAGGGGAGGUGUACCGGACCACCGUGGACUACACGUACUUCUCAGAGCCCGUCUCCUGCGAGGUGACCAAUGCCCUGGGCAGCACCAACAUCAGCCGCACGGUCGACGUCUACUUUGGGCCCAGGAUGACCACAGAGCCCCAGUCCCUGCUCGUAGACCUGGGCUCGGACGCCGUCUUCAGCUGCGCCUGGACAGGCAACCCAUCCCUAACCAUCGUCUGGAUGAAGCGGGGCUCAGGCGUGGUCCUGAGCAAUGAGAAGACCCUGACCCUCAAAGCCGUCCGCCAGGAGGACGCGGGGAAAUACGUGUGCCGAGCUGUGGUGCCCCGGGUGGGGGCUGGGGAGCGAGAGGUGACGCUAACUGUCAAUGGACCCCCCAUCAUCUCCAGCACCCAAACCCAGCAUGCCCUGCAUGGGGAGAAGGGCCAGAUCAAGUGCUUCAUCCGGAGCACGCCACCUCCCGACCGCAUCGCCUGGUCCUGGAAGGAGAAUGUGCUGGAAUCGGGCACAUCAGGCCGCUACACAGUGGAGACGGUCAGCACAGAGGAGGGCGUCAUCUCCACUCUGACCAUCAGCAACAUCGUGAGGGCCGACUUCCAGACCAUCUACAACUGCACAGCCUGGAACAGCUUCGGCUCCGACACGGAGAUCAUCCGGCUCAAGGAGCAAGGUUCGGAAAUGAAGUCGGGAGCCGGGCUGGAAGCAGAGGCUGUGCCGAUGGCCGUUAUCAUCGGGGUGGCCGUCGGAGCUGGUGUGGCCUUCCUCGUCCUUCUGGCAACCAUCGUGGCCUUCUGCUGCGCCCGCUCCCAGAGAAAUCUCAAAGGUGUUGUGUCCGCCAAGAAUGACAUCAGGGUGGAGAUUGUCCACAAGGAGCCCACCUCGGGCCGGGAGGCUGAGGAACACCCCACCAUCAAGCAGCUGAUGAUGGACCGCGGUGAAUUCCAGCAAGACUCAGUGCUGAAGCAGCUGGAGGUGCUCAAAGAAGAAGAGAAGGAGUUUCAGAACCUGAAGGACCCCACCAAUGGCUACUACAGCGUCAACACCUUCAAGGAGCACCACUCGACCCCCACCAUCUCGCUGCCCAGCUGCCAGCCGGACCUGCGCCCCGCGGGCAAGCAGCGCGUGCCCACUGGCAUGUCCUUCACCAACAUCUACAGCACGCUGAGCGGCCAGGGCCGCCUCUACGACUACGGGCAGAGGUUCGUGCUGGGCAUGGGGAGCUCGUCCAUCGAGCUCUGCGAGAGGGAGUUCCAGCGGGGCUCGCUCAGCGACAGCAGCUCGUUCCUGGACACGCAGUGCGACAGCAGCGUCAGCAGCAGCGGCAAGCAGGACGGCUACGUGCAGUUCGACAAGGCGAGCAAGGCCUCGGCCUCCUCCUCCCACCACUCCCAGUCCUCUUCGCAGAACUCCGACCCCAGCCGGCCCCUGCAGCGGCGGAUGCAGACGCACGUCUGAGCAUCCCGGACCGAGGGCGGGGGACGGGUCGGAGCUCGGUCUGGCUCUGCAGAGACUUUACAAAGGACCCCGGAAGCAGCCGCCUCCAGGACAGCCCCGAGGGCCACCCCCCCUCCCCGCAGCCCCGACCGAUGGAGCACAAACGUGGGCCUGGCAGCAGCGCACCCAACUUCAGGUGAAGACGUGGGCAGAGGAUGCAGCCGAGCGGAGGCGUGCUCUUUGCCGGCCUCUGAGUCCUGGCGUUUUUCCGGAGGCCCUCCUCCACCUGCUCCUCCCACACGCUCCAGAGGCAGCUAAAGCUCUGCUUUUGUGAACUGCACCCGUUGCUGCCCGCCAGCCCUCCCCCCAUUCCUGUGCUUCAGCACCGCAGCCCUGGGGAGCAAGGGGUCAGGCGCUCCCGGCGCUGAGCUAACCCAGCGCCCCCUGCCGCUCACAGCCCAGCCCCUCCGAGGCUGGGAAGCCAGAACCGGCCCUGGCCCUUGGCCGCCAGCCCAAUUUGUUCGGUGUUUUGUGUCCAUACUCUUGCAGUUCUGUCCUUGGACUGGAUGCCUCUCAGCUCUGCAGUGGGACUGGUCUAAUCAGAGA